UCUUAUCAGGUACCUGGUGAUGGAGGCCAAUGGAGAGAGGGCUUUCCUUGCGGCUAAGUUCCAGAUUCCCCUGAGAGUGGGACAGCGGGAGUCAGGCCCAAAGUGGCGCAGGUCGCCUGUAAGGGUGCUUGUUGGUGGUCCACCCAGGAGCACAGCUGAUGCACGGAGAUGAGGUCUGCAGACAGAUGGCGCCUGUGCGAGGUAUGCAAGCCCUUCUGGGAAAAGAAGAUUACUGACGUAGUCAGAUGGGAUAGUUGAGGUCAUGCACAGAGAAGCGCGCGAGAGAGUAUCCGUUACCCAAGCUGAGGUCA